GAAGAAGGAGAACAUUAUUAUUAUCACUAUUCCGGAGAAGAACAUGUAGCGGGAAUAGUGCACCCUGGUCAUUACGGGGCUUCUCGCUCGUUUAUGCAUCAGUUUUAUGAAUGUUCCUCUGUUUUGCAUCGG